AUGAGCCAAAAAGAGCGCGACAGGACCUACCGGUCGGCGGUCCGCUUCUGUGAGAAGAAUCCUCAAGCUGUCCUACCCAUCCUGGAUGAGGAUGAGGUCCAUGAGCUGCAUCACAAACGACAUGUGGAGCAGCAACUGCGGCGAAUUUGCCGUGGGGAUGGAGCUCUUGCUGAGCGUGUCAGCAGCUUCGCUCGCAGGAUUGGGCUGGCUGAGAAGGAGGAUCAGAUGGACGGCUUCCUAGAAUUGCUGUCUGAUGUUGCUUCCAUCGCAUCUGGCUUUUGCCCUGCCAGUGAGACAGAGUCAGCGGUGAAAGUCGACAAUAUCUGCUGCUGGAGCACUGGCAGGCUAUACACUGAGGCGCUGCUCCUUGUGGGUGUGAGCCGUGAGCGCAAGAAUCUGGGGACCGCUGGUGAGCUGAUGUCUAAGGAAGCCUUUGACGGAGGGCUGCGACAGAACACCCACAAGUCUGCCUUCGAGUUCUUUCUGCCAGUUUGGAUCAACGAGGCGCAUGCUGCCGGGAGCGCGGAAUGGCGUCACCAGCUUUGGAAGCAGGCUGCCAGUGAGGACGCCGCUGCCCUAGAGGUGUUCCCUCGUCUCAUCAACCAGAUGAUGGUGGAGGUGAUGAGACCUGUAGCCGAAACCUUGAAUCGAGUUGUCAAGGACGAGUCCUACCGUCACAAGGACCACUCACCUGAUCUCGGAGCUCUCCUGGUGCUGUUUACCGUGAUGCAGGGGCACAGCGCAUGUCCACCCAGGGAUGGUUUCAUAAGCACAUACGCAGAUGAGAACUCCCUGCGCUGGGUGUUGUGGUGGCAGCGCUCUGGUACUCCGGCAGAGGACGGCCCUGUCUUUCAGGCCACAAAGGUCUCCAGGGAGAUCCUGAUGUUUCAGAUGGCUGUCGUGGACAUUGUCAUCGGAGAUGUCAAGAAGACGCUGGCCGACAUGGAAGAGACCAACUGCAAGCUGCCUGAGCGAUUGGAGCGCUUGCAGUCUGAAUGGCGAAAGCGCAAAGAGUCUGUAGAUGAUUGGGCUACCUACUACCAUUGCAUUGGUACUGCUAGGCCCAACUUUCGCAGCACGGCCGAAUGGAUUGCCAGCUGUGUUCGACUUGCAGCAGGCAAGGGUCCCAAGUAUGGCUCUGGUGGUGGCAAAGGCAACAAGGGCUCCUGCGGUGGCAAAGACGACAAGGGCAAGGGCAAGGGCAACUUUUGA